UGAGAGUAGCAGACGACGACAACGCAAGACAAGACAAGCAAUUCUCAUCACAUCAACACACACGAACACCUCACUGUCUCCAUACACCCCCAGCACAUCGAUAGCAGACAUGGCCACGACGCAAAAGAUGCACCCUCGGCUCGAACAAGCCUCCCGGUUUGCACAUGCAGCCGUGGAGAUGGACAACUUGGGCAAUUACAAGGAAGCGAUUGGCUUGUAUUCUCACGCUAUUCAGAACCUGGACCAAGCACUCGCAGACCCAUCCUUUUCGCAGUCCCGUGAUUCCGUGAAGCAGUGCCGUGCAUCCUACGCAGCCCGCGUCGACUCCCUCCACAAGGAAAUGUCUGGCGCUCUCCCCGUGCUUCCUGCGCCGCCAACGAGCAAUGGUGGCCCAGCGUCAACCGCCCUCGCCACCCCAGCACAAGACCCAUCCGUUGUCGACGUUGGCGUCGAAGCCGUCAAGGCGGCAAAUCGAGACGGUGGCAAGUACCUUGUGCAGGGCUAUCAAACAGCCAAGGAGCUGAACGAACGACACCAGAUCACGCACACCAUUGCAUCUGGCGUCAAGUCAACCUACAGCGCCGCCGUUGCUGCCAAUGAAAAGUACAAGGUGGUGGACAAUGUCAAGGCAGGCGUCUCCUCAGCAUAUGGCUCUGCCGUCCAACUCAACGAGAAGCAUCAAAUCACCAAGAAGGUGGGCACCAUUGCAUCUGCGAGCGUGAAGAAGGUUGGCGAACUGAACCAAGAGUACAGGGUCACGGACCGGGUGGGAUCUGCCUUGCUUGGUGGCCUCAACUACCUGGCAACACAGUCCCAGCAGUACCUCCAAGGCUCAUCAUCCUCCUCAUCACAAGCACCACCAUCAUCAUCAUCAUCAUCGGCGCAAGCACCAUCCACACAGCCAGCCCUCCCGCCGCAACAGCCCCCAUCUUCCCAGUGAUGCUGAUGCAUCUGCACGUCUUGCUUGCUCGCCGUCCGUGCGUGUUGCCGUUACAUUUCGCAUCACACCACUUCCUUGCAUGCGAGGUUUCUUCACCUUUCUUGCCUUGCUGCUGUUUCACGUGUCUCCUGUAUUGUACACAUGAACGUGCCCCAACUCACAGCUCGAGUGAACUUGCGGUACGUGUUUGUUGCGUCGUGCCCUCUUCCUCGGCUCAACAGCCAUCGUCAUAGACAUAUUCGCACCGA